AUGGAGACGGCCGUGAACCUCUCUGAGGCCCAGCCAAUCACGCUUGAGAAGCCCACAGAUUUGAUAGGGCACAAGCAAGUGGCUCUUAAAGUGUCGCAAGGCCCGGACGCAAUUCGUGCACGUCUCGAGACCUUCUCGAACUUUGAGUCCACGUCGAUCGGACAGGUUUAUAACCAUUCAGCAUCUGCCAUGCCCAUUCGGUAA